AUGAAAAUUUAUUUCCUUCCUUUGCCUUUAUCUCCUUCGAUCGUUCGAUUCCUAUCACUGAAGCAUAUCGCACAGCGUGAAAAAUUGAUAAUGCAGAACUAUUUAGCGGCACGUUAUCGCCGAGUUCACAACAGAAUCAAAGAUGUUGCAAUAUCGGAUCUCAGAGGGAAAUUUUCCAAAGCCGUCAAAGAAAUCAGAAUAUUAUCGUUGUUGCACCGUUUUCCACAAUCAUUGAGUAAAGUCUCCUUUGUCGGCGCAACAAUCGCGGCAUUUCCUGACAACCAUUACUGGCGCAAAUCUCGCCCCUUUAGGUUUUGGACAGUCUGUUUAAUCGUCUGUUUACCCGUGAUUUAUCAGUUUCAAGCAACGAAACCAGAGAAGCUAGAAAUCCUUAGACGAAACUUAGGAGCAUCGUCGGAAAGCAAUAGAACCGAAGAAGAGGAAGGAGGAAAUAUUCCACGUGGGUAG